AUGGGUAUAGACGACUAUAACGGUGGAGCUGCUUUGGCGAUGCUCGGUGACGGGUGUAUUUGUGUGGCGUCGGACAAGAGGAUUGGAAGCAACUCGUUGAAGACGGUUGAAAUGAACUACGAAAAGUGUUUCGAAAUAACACCACAUACCUAUCUUGCAUGUUGCGGCCUAGCUACGGACGUUGAGACACUCUACAAGACCAUAAGAUUCCAUAAGAACUUGUUCCACUUGCGCGAAGAAAGGGAGAUGAAGCCCCGAGCAGUCGCAAGCUUCGUUGGCAACCAGUUGUACCAACGCCGAUUUUCGCCCUGGUUCGCCAGCCCCAUUGUGGCCGGUGUAGACGCCGAAACAGGCGAGCCAUACGCGGAGUCUUUUGACUUCAUUGGCGGUCUGGAGAACAUCGAGGACUUCGGGGUGGUUGGAACCGCCACCGAGCAAAUCAUGGGUGCCUGUGAAGCGCACUGGAGACCGAACCUCAAGCCCGAAGAACUAGCAGAAUGCGCGGCCACCUGCCUUCUAGCCGGCGUUGAAAGGGACUGCUACUCCGGCUGGGGCGCUGUCGUACAUGUCGUCACCAAAGACCGUGUAAUCACGCGUCAUAUAGAGUCUCGAAUGGACUAG